AUGGUGCAAAGUAUGUCAAUGAGCACAUUAGCAAUUUCCCAGUGCAGUGUUAUUUGUGGAGCGAACAACGAAUGGAGGAAUUCAGGUCAAAUGAAGGAAAUACAUAUAGUUUUUGGGGUUCAAAAACUGUACCUCUGUUCUCAUGGUAGAAAAACCUCAUCCUUUGCGGGUCAAUCUGAUAUAUCUCGACCUGGAAAUGUGAGAGUCGAAGCUGGAUGGCUGUUUAGAGGAGGUGAUAAGGGAUCAGAAUUGGAUGCAAGCUGUGAGCGCAGUGAGAGUGCAAAUGAGGAUAUCCUAAUGUUCUUUUUCCAGCUGGAUUUGGCAACUCGUGUACAGUAUGCUUUGAAUGUGGAGCAGUAUGAAAUUGCUCAAGAAUUGAGGAACAAGCUGACUGAGGUUGAAUCUGAGGUUAUCAAGCUCCAAGAAAAUAGAAUGGGAUCAGCCUCAAAGAGUGAAGUGCAAGAUAUAGCCAUAAGCCUUUUACGCCUUCGUGCAGACCUGCAGAAUGCAAUUCAGAGUGAGAACUAUAACUUGGCAGCUGAGUUACGGGAUGAAAUUUCCAAACUUGAGGCAGAGUCUUUGGCUGCAUCCGUAAAAGUUCAAGCAUAUGAAAAUGUGCAAUACGCUUUUCGUUUGGGGCAGAAAGUGAAGCAUAAGAUAUUUGGAUAUCGUGCUGUUAUUUGUGGAAUGGAUCCAGUGUGCUUUGAGUCAAAGUCAUGGAUGGAAACUGCUAACGUCAAAAAGUUGGUUCGUGGCCCUGAUCAGCCAUUUUAUCAGGUAUUGGUCAAUGUACACGAAGACCCCAACCUGUUAGUAGCAUAUGUUCCCGAGGAGAAUUUACUGACACCCAAUCAACAAGACAUGGAUAGAUUUGAUCACCCUUAUGUUUCUUUCUUGUUUUAUGGAGCUGACGCAGCUGGAGAUCUUAUCCCGAUUAAACAGCUGCGUGAGAAAUACAAUCAGCCUCGCCAUGAACUGCCACACGACCCACAAAAUGAGGAAGAUGGAAAAGAUGCGUGA